ACGCAGCAAGCUGAGGGGCGUCCCGUCCGCCGCAUUCCAUAUCCGGACGACGCCGUCUUCGGAGCUGGUGGCAAGCAGGGAGUUGUCCGAGGAGACACAGAGGUCGGUGAUCACCCCCGAGUGCCCUCGCAGGGACCGCAUGAGGGAUCCCGACCGGGCAGACCAUAGCUUGACGAGCUGGUCGUCGGCGCCUGUGACCACGUACUGCCCG